UAGCCCAUCAAUGGACUUGGAGGCGAAAGAUGAGGAGGAAGAGAGUCUGCAAACGGCUUUCAAAAAGCUGAGAGUGGAUGCAGCAGGAUCUGUUGCAGCUCUCUCUGUGGGUGACGGGACGAUUCAGAGAACACCGAUAAGAGCAGUUAUGGAGGGAGCCAAACAGCAGUCUGCCUGCUCUAAAGAAGCUUGGCAUGGGUGUGUGAGAAAGCCCUCCAGAGGAUCGGCAAGAACCCCACGUCGCAGGCGUUCCAAGUCGCCUGUCCUGCAUCCUCCCAAGUUUACGUACUGCAGCGCGAAAGCCGACAGCCAGCUGAAACACAAAACCCAGUCAGACGCAGCGAAGGGUAACGUCACUUCGGAACACUGUACGAAGGACAGCCGUGGUUCUCCGUUAGGGGCCAGUGAGGACAGAAGAACCAGAACUGAAUCUUCGGAAGCUCCCACAGCUAAAGAGCCACUCGAGAAUUCAAGGGAGAAUCGCGCUGCUCUCUCUCCAUCCUUUGAAACCAGCCUGGAUUCUAGCCAAGCUUCAGAUUUCCAGUCCUUAUCCAUGCUUAGCAACGGCAAGCAGUGCCCUUGUACGGACAAGAAGUGCCAGUGCCAGCAGUGGCGAGCCAUGGAGGUGUACUCUUUCUCUGGCUUACGGAGCGUCCUGUCGGAAUGCGAGAAAGCAGUCCUAGGAAUCCAUCCACAGUCUCUUCCAAACAGAUCCCCCUGUGGAAUGGCCUCAUCAAGUUCUCCUAGGUCUUGUUCUGAGCAAGCUCGAGCCUUUGUGGAUGAUGUGACUAUUGAAGAUCUUUCAGGAUACAUGGAAUACUACUUAUAUAUUCCCAAGAAAAUGUCUCACAUGGCAGAGAUGAUGUAUACUUGACUGAAAGCAAUAGAGAAUCAUGAAUCAGAGCCUGUGAUAAUGGUUGGGUUAAAUGCCUUGUCAGUGCCAUGGCUGUUUUCACUGCUGUGUGUUUGAUCAAAAUGUUUCUUUGCAUCAUACAGCUUAGUUUUCUAAUAAAAUGAAAAAUGGAAUAUAGUUUUUGAGCAUAGUUCUAAAAAGAAUGCACUAAAGUUUCUGAAUACCUUAACAAAAGCACUGUAGAUCAAAUAAACUCCCUUUGUUUUUUGGUUCAUGCUGUGGAUACUCAAGCUGUGUACAUUGUUUUCACUGUGUCUGGGAAGAGCCUUUUAAGCUUUCUUCUGAAAUUUUGCAGGGUUUGGAAGAUUCAU